AUGUCUGCCCCAGGUAAUAGACACAACUCUCAAGCUCCUGGCAAAUUGUUCCAGUUUAAGCUCGUUUUAUUAGGUGAAUCAGCGGUUGGCAAAUCAAGAGAAAGCACUAUCGGAGCCGCAUUUCUAACACAGACAAUUGCUUUGGAUGAAAACACAACUGUUAAAUUCGAAAUCUGGGAUACAGCAGGACAAGAGCGUUAUAAGAGCUUGGCGCCAAUGUAUUACAGAAAUGCAAAUUGUGCCGUAGUAGUUUAUGACAUAACUCAACCAUCGUCUUUGGAAAAAGCUAAAUCUUGGGUGAAUGAAUUGAAAAGACAAGCUGACCCAAAUAUUGUCAUUGCACUCGCCGGUAAUAAAUGUGAUUUGAGCGCACGUAGAGUAAUUGAUACUGAGAUGCUGAUCUCUUGUUUUUUCGAAACAUCGGCAAAAACAUCCACCAAUGUUAACGAACUAUUUACAUCAAUAGCGAGAAAAAUGCCACUUGAUCAAUUAGCCGCUAAUUCACGUGCACGAGGAACCAAUUUAAAUCAAAGAGGCGUUGAUUUGAAUCGUCCUGAAUUUUCUAGAGAAUAA